AUGACAGCAAGCUCAUAUUUGUUUCAGCGUGGUGUGAAAGCGUCGAACAAUUAAUUCAUUGUUGAGAUUAAUCUUUCGGGCUAUAAAAUCAAUUUCUUCAGCUCCAAAAUGUCCGUAAAUUGAGGAAUAAACGGUAAGUUUUUAUGAAACAAUAAAAAAAAUUAAGACGGUAUCCAGUGAAUCAUUUGCUGCUCCAAAGUGAUAAAACAUUCCGUGGAAAAUAAUCGUUAAAUUAAUCAAAUUCAAUGUUCAAUUGUUUCUUCGUUAUGCUCCGAGAAUAUAAAGAUGAACACGUUGUUUUCUUGUUUCCUUCUCAACAAUUUAUCUUUUAUGUGAAUAUAAGACAUUGAGCGAAAUUCAAUCGGAAUUGAGCUGUCAUUACUGCAGUUCAAAGUCGUUUUUAUUGCACUAUGCAAUUUUCAUUGUCAACUUUUCCAGCGGAUAAAGUGGCUUCCGCAAUGUCUUCGGUUCAGCGUGCGUUUGCUCAUAAGUUGAGCAAACAACACGCUGCCGAUGUUAGAAGACAAAUAGCAACGUCGACGUCCUACUCGAGAGAUUUGUCAAAAAGUGGAAGCAGCGUUUCUGGAUUUUCUUCUACUAUGUCACUCUGCGAAGUACUAGAGCCAGUGGAUUAUGAGGAUUUCUUGGUUCAACAUCAAACAGUCCUGGACAGAGAUCCCCUUCGGCCGAUACUGGAUUUCCCACCCGGAGAUGUGGAGUUAAGAGUCGUGAAGCGUAAAAUCAGAACGGAGGAACCUGUUGUUCCUUUGGAAUCUUUAGACACUGUAUCGCCCUACGUGAAGAGGUGCAUCGAGAGUUUCACGUCUGAUUGGACAGUGAUAUACAGAAGGUACAAAGGUCGAGCAUCACCGAUUGGUAGAGAGAAACUAUUGCAGGAGACUCCGAGGCAGGAUUUUGAGGUGGAUCAAGAAGAAACGAACGGUUGUGGUUCUCCGAAUGAAGAAGAGGAUUCGUCGAACGUGGGAGAGACGCCACGUGGUUCCUGGGCGAGUUUGGAUCUGCGCCAUUCUCAGCAUGACCCUCUGCUACCAGGACUAUUAGAACGUGUGUGUCCCGAAACGAUUGAUCAGAUGAACGAACAAAAACGUUUGGAGGAUCGUCAAGAAGCGCUCUUUCCACUUUACGCGCCGCCCACAUCGCCCGACGACGAAUGGCAAGAAAUAAGCAUUGCACCCGAGCCGGCUGAGCCUUUCGCUCACCGUAUUCUCGUCAAAUGUUUGCAGUUAAAACUCGAGCUCGAAGUCGAGCCUAUUUUUGCUUGUCUCGCUCUUUACGAUGCGCGGGAGAAGAAAAAAGUCUCGGAAAAUUUUUACGUUGACAUGAAUUCUGAAAGCCUCAAACGCAUGCUCGAAACUCACAUCGCCUAUAGCGACACCAGUACUCUCGCUCGAAGCUGCGUUCUCAGCAUCUCCAAACCUAGCCCCGAUCUUUUCCUCGUUGUCAGACUGGAAAAAGUCCUGCAGGGUGACAUUUCCGAAUGCGCCGAACCUUAUCUCCGCGACGAUAAGAACAGGGAUAAGGUGAAAGCCGCAGCAACGAUGGCGUGCGAGCGUUUGGGACGUUAUCGAAUGCCUUUGGCCUGGACGGCUAUUCAUUUGUCCGGAGUAAUUGGUGGGGGUGGUGCAGGCGGUGAUACAGAUAGUACGGGAAGCGCGGGUUCGUUGGAUCGCAAAUCGGGAAGUUUGGAGCAAUGGCGUAAGAAGGUGGUGGAGCAACCGACGCGGCGAGGAUCGUUGGAACGUCGUAGUUCGGACAAGAGGAGAAGUUGGUCACCGGACGAUUUUGCCAACUGUUUGGACAGUUUUCGUCCGAUAACGCUCACGGUAUCGAGUUUUUUCAAGCAGGAGAGUGAGCGAUUGCGAGAUGAGGACCUCUACAAAUUGUUGGUCGAAUUGCGUCGUCCUGGUUCGAAUCUCAAGCGCUUGAAAUGUUUGCCGGGGAUUUUGAAAUUGGAUCUGAGUCCAAGACCGGAGGAAUUACCGAGAUGUUUGGAUCCAGAUCUUCGACGGUUGUCGCCUUAUCCUGAUGAGAAAAACCGUCCGGUCAAAGAAAUACUUGAAUUCCCCAGUGACGUACUGUCGCCCGAUCUUACCUAUCGAAAUUUAUUGUACGUUUAUCCGAAGGAAGCGAAUUUCAGCUCGCGAACCGGUUCCGCCCGCAACAUCGCUGUCAGAAUACAAUUGAUGGGUGGUGAACAGGAGGCCGAUGCACUCACUGCCAUUUUCGGUAGAUCAUCGUGCCCGGAAAUGACACACGAGUACUUUACUUCCGUAUCAUAUCACAAUAAAAAUCCAAAUUUUUAUGACGAAGUAAAGAUACGAAUGCCCGCGGAUUUAAGUGCCAAACAUCAUCUGCUCUUUACCUUUUAUCACAUUAGUUGUCAAAAAAAGGUCGAACAACCUAAUGUCGAGACUGCUGUCGCUUACACGUGGCUUCCGCUUUUACGUGACGGACACCUGCAAUCUGGUGAAUUCAAUUUACCGGCUAUGCUCGACCCUCCGCCUGCAAAUUAUUCGUAUAUCGCACCGGACGUUCUUUUGCCAGGUACAAGAUGGGUAGACGCUCACAGAGGCGUUUUCACGGUAAUUCUUGAACCGGUAUCAAGUGUUCAUGCUCAGGACAAAUAUAUUGACAGGUUUUUGUCGCUCUGCGGAUCUCUGGAGACAGGUCAAGUACCGCCGAGGAUUGGGGAGGCUGGAAUGGAAUCUGAGCUUAAAUCGGUUCUUCUCGAGCUUGCGAGAGCUUCGCACUCCGCGCUAGUUCGUUCCCUGCCACAGCUGUUCGAUCAGUUGAUUUCUCUGCUUGUGAAACCGCCGACUUUGCCUUCACAGCCGUUAAACGUCGCUGCCACGGUAUUCGAAGCAUUGGGGUUGCUCGUACGGAACAUAACGAAUUUGCCGGAUGGACAGCUGGACGGUCACGGGCGGCACGCUCUUUUGGCAACUUACACGGCUUAUCAGUGUUCAUUACCGAACAUGACACGAGCGAAUCCUCCUCCGGUGGUGACGAGAGCUCAGAGCAAUCCGGAUUUACCAGUGGAGGAUCUCGAGAUGGAAAUGCAUUCUCGGGGAUUGGAUAGAACCGCUUCGAUGCGCCAAGAAUCUCCCUCUAUCAGUGGUCAAUCCGGAAGACGAAUAUUGCACGAAGAAAUCGCUUUGCACUGGGUCGUUUCGACAGGGCAAGCCCGAGAGCUCGCGAUAAAUCAUUCCUGGUUUUUCCUUGAACUAAUCGUUCGUUCGAUGGUUGUUCAUCUCACGGAAACCGGAAGUCUCGAAGCUCCUAGAAAAUCGCGUUUUUCGCCACAAUUCAGCGACGACAUAGCGACUCUCGUAGCCGCUUUAACGUUAGAAGUUACGAACCGUUGUGGCAAGGAUCCUCGAACAGCUUCCAAUUUAAUUUACAGCCUGGGAAAUUUCCUCUCGGAUUUAUUGUCCGUGAUGGAUCGCGGAUUUGUCUUGUCUUUGAUCCGGGCCAGUUGCUGUUCGCUCUCGGACGCUUCGAUUCACAUCCACGACUCGGCAGGGCUGUUCGCUCUGAAGCUCGAUCUUGUACGUACCGUAUGCUCCCACGAGCAUUACGUGGCGAUUAAUUUGCCCUUUGGGACUGGUUAUACCUCAGGAUCGGCACCAGCUUCCCCGAGCCCUUCCACAGGAAGUUCCGGAAGUCUCAUUUCGACUCUUGUACCUGGUGAACGCGGACGUUUCUCCGAAUUGAGCCCGGAAUUUCGGCAGCAACAUUUCCUCGCUGGUCUCGUUCUCAGCGAUCUUUCCAAUACUCUCGAAAUUCCCAACCCAAUGCUCCAAAACAAAGCGAUUGGCACCGUACGCUAUUUGAUGGGUUCUCACGAUAUUGAUCCACGGUAUGCCGAACAAUCGGCAAAGGCUCGAGUCGCUGCUCUUUAUUUGCCGCUCUUGAAUAUUCUUAUCGACGCUCUUCCUCAACUUUAUCAUUGGGACUCCAAGGACAAAAGCGUGUAUCACGAGGAAACGGCUUCUAUAACACAAUCCGUUGCUCUGGCGAUCGCCGGUGGUGCCACUUCUGCCGCGGCGGAUCAUGCUGCCGGCACUCAAUGUCGAGUUUCUCUCAGCUCCGAAGCUACCAGACAUCUUUUGAUGUGUUUCCUAUGGGUUCUUAAAAGUCUCGAAAGAUCUGCUCUCGCGCAAUGGUGCGGAGAAUUAAGCGCCAGACGCGUUCUCAGCCUCCUCCAAGUUCUCAACAUCGCUACCGCUGCUUUUGAGUACAAGGGUAAAAAAGCGUUGAAGAGAUUGCCUCCUCAAGCUACUGCUACCAGCGAUAUCAAAUCUCGACUCGAAGACGUUAUUCUUGGUCAAGGAAGCGCUCGCAGCGAAAUGAUGUUAAGGCGUAAAGAAAGAAUUACUGGCGAUAAAUUACGCUGGCGAAAAGAUCAAAUGCCGUAUCGUGCUAACGAACAACCUGAGGGUCGAGCCGUCGAGCAGGACGCCCACAUCGAGGGUGCUUUGGCAGCCGAAGCUUCGUUAGUUGUUUUGGACAGUUUAGAAUCCGUCGUACAGGCCGAUGGCGGUGGAGGCGCCGUUGUAGGGGCCGUGCUGAAAGUCCUGCUGCGUGCUCUGGCAAGGAAUCAGAGUACAUCAGUUCUCCAACACAUGUUCAAUACUCAGCGAGCUCUUGUAUUCAAAUAUCACAGCGCCCUUUUCGACGAGGAGAGCGAAAGAUGCGGAGAUUUGUGUUUGACACUUUUGACCAGAUGCAGUUCACCUUUGAGUGCGAUUCGGAGUCACGCAGCGGCUAGUCUGUAUUUGCUGAUGAGGCAAAAUUUCGAAAUUGGGAACAAUUUCGCGAGGGUAAAGAUGCAAGUAACGACUUCCCUCUCCGCUCUGGUCGGUCGUGGUAGAGCCCCCAGCGAAGGGGCGCUGCGUCGAGCUCUGAAAACUGUUCUCGUCUACGCCGAGAGAGACACCGAACUUGCGGAUACCAGUUUUCCGGAACAAGUCAAAGAUCUUCUUUUUAAUCUUCAUAUGAUUCUUUCGGAUACCGUUAAGAUGAAAGAAUUUCAGGAAGAUCCAGAGAUGUUGCUCGAUCUUAUGUAUAGAAUUGCGAAAGGGUACCAAGGCUCUCCGGAUUUGCGUUUGACAUGGCUCGCGAAUAUGGCGCAACAACACAUGGAAAGAAAGAAUCACACAGAGGCUGCGAUGUGCUUGGUACACAGUGCAGCGCUCGUUGCCGAAUAUCUUCAUCUUUUGGAGCCCGGCGGAGGCGGAAGGCCCAUCGGAGCGGUAGCCUUGAGUCCCGUUAGUCCAAACGCACUGGAGGAAAGUGCCGUCGGCGAUGACGUUCUCGCCAGACGCGAGGAAGGCCUUUGUCUCGGUCCAGAUUUUUCCGAAAGUGGAUUGGCCGGUCUGCUUGAACACGCUGCUAGUUCUUUUCAUGCCGCUGGCAUGUACGAAGCUAUUCCAGAUGUUUAUCGCGUUUUACUACCGAUCGCUGAAUGUGCUCACGAUUAUAAAAAAUUGGCCAACAUUCAUGGAAAGCUGCACGAAGCUUAUACGCGCGUAGAACAACUAGCUGGAAAGCGCGUUUUCGGCACUUACUUCCGGGUUGGUUUCUACGGCUCUCGCUUCGGCGAUCUAGCUGGCGAAGAAUUUGUCUACAAAGAGCCAACUUUAACGAAAUUGCCAGAGAUUUUUUCACGCCUUGAGAAUUUCUAUGCCGAAAGAUUUGGUGCUGACAAUGUCGUCAUCAUAAAGGAUUCUAAUCCUGUUGAUCUGAGCAAACUAGAGACUGACAAAGCUUACGUCCAGAUUACUUACGUUGAGCCAUAUUUCGAACCCCAUGAGUUGCGACAUCGGCCCACUGUUUUCCAUCGUAAUUUCAAUAUCAAACGUUUCGUGUACGCGACUCCGUUCACACCAGGUGGAAAAGCUCACGGUGAGCUUCGCGAGCAAUGCAAGCGUAAAACGAUACUUACGGUCGCGACGCAUUUUCCAUACUUGAAGACGCGAAUCCGAGUGGUGGCGCGCAAGCAAAUAGUUCUAAGUCCGAUUGAAGUAGCGAUCGAGGACAUUCAGAAAAAGACUGCGGAAGUGGCAGCGGCGACGAUGCAAGAGCCACCAGAUCCGAAGAUGUUGCAAAUGGUUCUUCAAGGUUGUAUCGGAACGACGGUGAAUCAAGGGCCAGCAGAGGUCGCGGUAGUAUUUUUGUCUGGGGUUCGAGAGCAGAAUGCUCAGCCCUCGAGACUUCAGCACAAGUUGCGUUUGUGUUUUAAGGACUUUUCUAAGAAAUGUCUCGAUGCUUUGAGGCGUAACAAAAAUUUGAUCGGCCCCGAUCAGCGUGAUUAUCAACGGGAGCUUGAGAGAAAUUAUCAGAGAUUGACGGAACGUCUUGCGCCUUUGAUUGUGUGGCGAUAAAAAAAAUCUCGUGAGAAGAAAGUCGAGAAACUAAGAUCUUAGGGUAUAGGAAAAAACAGGAGGAAUAAAGAAAUCCUUCAAAAGAGGAAAAAAACAUCACUGGACAUCGUCCGGUGACAAUUACCAAAGAUUUUCACUAUUCGUUGUAUCUCGAACAAAGAAACAAACACAUACGUCGUCAGGACGUUUGAAACGCUCAUUUUUAUUUCCCUCGAGUAUUUUGUCCGCGAGAAAAACACGAGUCACAAAUAUCUUUUGUUAAGUUGAUAUUUUUUUUUGCGACAUGAAAUUACUACAGAGGACGCGAAGGUGUCAAAAAAUUAGUCGUUUCUCUCUAAAUUAUUUUCCUGAGUGACUCUCCUGAGUACUACGUAAUUGAUUUAUUAUUAUAAAUGUUCGAACAAUUUUAUAUCCGAACAAUAUCGAUACUAACUAAAAAUAAUAAGAAUAAUCAAUCAAUCAAACAAUUGGAGAGCUGAGAUAUAUUCGAAGAGUGGCGGUAGCAGCUCGUAAUAUAUACACAAAAAUAUAUAUAUAUAUAUAUGCGCCUAGAGCCUCAAAUAUUUAUAUACGCUGCGUAUUUGUAUUUCGACUUUAUUAAUAAUAAUCAUCUUUUACUCUUUA